AUGAGGGGUGUGGUUAUGUGCUGUGGCAGUACAGGUUAGGGGAGAAACACAACAGGUGUGCACGGUUUACACAGAGCAGGGAGCUCUCGGUGUGAAUCUGACCGGCAGGGAGAACUAAAAGCUUUUUUGGGGGGAUUAAACAGCUGAGAGAAGAAGGUUUCUUGAUGCUGGCAUUAGAGUAGAUGUUGGUAACGCAGAAGUCACGUAUUGUCAAACAAGGCUGAUCAGGAAAAACUUGUCCACCUGACUCAGCCAAACAAUGGCCAAUUUUGGAGGACAUGCUAUACCAGGCACUUUUUUCCUGUUGUAUGGCUUCUGGCUAACAGUGAAGCAUGUCCUCCUACACUACUGGAGGACGAGCCAACCCAAAGGAAGACAGGGCAUGCCUCCUUUCUUAAGGAGGAUGGAAUACGUUGAAGGAGGAUUCCAAGUCUUUGCAUCAUUUGUUGGUAUGAUGGUGGAGCAGUUUGUUGUGGACGGUCCACACGCCCGCCUCUAUGAUCGGGAGAACGCCUUAUGGGUCAAGCUGAUGAACUGGCAGCACAGCACCAUGUAUUUGUUCUUUGGGAUCUCAGGAAUAGCACUGAUUGCCAGCGUAACAACCAAACGGGUGCCGGUUGGUGUCGAUCGCCUUGCUCUCUCCUUGGCUCUUUUUGUUGAAGGAUUUCUCUUCUUGUACCAUGUGCACGGCCGGGAGCCCCUGGAUGCUCACAUCCAUACCCUGCUGCUGUUUGCCGUCUUCACUGGAUCGGCCAGCACCAUGCUGGAGGUCUUCAUAAGAAACAACAUUCUUCUGGAGCUGUUCAGGGCAGACAUGUUCAUCCUGCAGGGUUCUUGGUUCUACCAGAUUGGAGUUGUUCUUUACCCCUUAAAUGGAGACACGUGGGACCUGAAACUACAUGACAACAUGAUGUUCGUCACGAUGUGCUUCUGCUGGCAUUUAGCGCUGUCUCUAAUUUUGGUCUCUUGCACCGCCUCCAUAGUUUGGUUUACCACAACAAGAUUCUCAGCAAAAGGACGGGAUAUAGAGAUCGGAAUGCGAAACACUUCCUCUAAGACCAGCUCUCAGAAAGCUUUACUUGAAGAGUCGGAUGAAGAGUAAAACAAUGGUUACUGCUCUCUCUAUUUUCUGUUUUAAAUCAAAAUUUCAUUUCAAUACGUGUUAAUGAGAAAAUAAUGCUUCAUAUGUUUGAACAAGCCAGAUGUUUGGCCAAAUAAACUAUCUUUUUGAAAUAAAAGACAAAC